GCAAGCUUCUUCAGAGCGACAUGAAGGAGAAUCGAGAAGGAAUUAUUCGACUUGAGGAGAUCUCAGGAACUAUUAUGGAAGAUGUUUUGGAAUUCAUCUACACUGGAACUGUGGAGGUGACUCAAGAGAAUGCCGAGGACCUGAUCGCCGCAGGAAAUUAUCUGAUCAUACCGAGCUUGAAAACUAUUUCAGGACGGUUUUUGGAACGAGAAAUGUCCAACUCCAACUGCAUUUCAACCUUUUACUUCGCUGAGAAAUAUGAGUGUGACGAGCUUGUCACUAACAGUAGAUGUUUUAUUCACGAAAACAUCGUUACCGUCGCAAAACUGGAUGAAUUUUUGCACUUAGAAGCUAAAGAGAUCGAGAAGUGGAUUUCGUCCGACGAAAUUACAGUUACGGACGAAGCUGAUGUUUUUAUAAUCAUCUUAGACUGGAUAAACCACAGAAAGAGUGAGCGAAAAGCAGCAUUAGAAGAAUUGUUUGGUCACGUUCGACUGGGUUUUCUGUCGCGUGACUGUCUGGAGGAUGUCGCCACAAACGAACUGGUGCGUGAGAAUUUCGCUUGUAUGAAGCUGGUCAUGGAUGCAACCAUACAGAUGGCUACCUUGGUUAAUGAAGACGAUUUUCUGCAAUCACCAAGAAGAUGUCUUGAUAAACGUGUCAUUGUUGCUCGUGGUGGCAAGUACACUUUUUGUUAUCUCUCUAAAGGAGGCCUGUGGAAGCGCUUGCCAGAUGGCCUGAAGGACACAAACAGUUUAAAAUUGAUAAAAUUUCGUGACCAGUUGUUGACAUCCACCAAUUGUCAAAUUUCAGAGAGAUACGAUUCUAUUUUUAACGUUUGGUCUGAGCUGAACUUGAGCAUAGAUUCUGCAAAGUUGGCCGUUCUUAAAGGAGAAAUUUACGCUGUUGAAGUUGAAAUCUAUGGCAGCCGGAAAACUGUCACGAAGAGGUACAAUGUAAAGCAGUGUGUAUGGGAGACAAUUCACACAUAUCAUGAACAGUGUAGACAGGAUGCUUGUGUUAUUGCAGCCGGCAGACAUCUUUAUUCGUUUGGUGGUAGGAUUCCACGAUCAAGUAACUACGUCGUCAUAGCUGAGAGAUUUGACACUGUGGAAAACAAGUGGGAGAGAAUCGCAGAUAUGCUGGAAGGAAGAAGCGACGCUUUUGGCGUGGCCUCUCAAGAAAAAAUCUUCGUUGCUGGAGGAAAAAACUCUACGGGAAGGUUAAAAGCUUGUGAGAUGUACAAUACGUUAACAAACGAAUGGCAACUUAUUGCAAACUUGAAUGUCCCACGCUGUUAUGGUAGUAUGGUUUGUCUGAAUGGAAAGCUGUACGUACUAGGUGGAGAAAAUCAGUUCCGCGAUAAUCGGGAGCUAAGAGUUGAAUGUUUUGACCCUGCAAACGACCAAUGGAUUCACGAAACAACCAUACCAGUGACAAACAUUGACCCAGAAAAUAACAACACAUUCACGGGCUCUGUUCUGAAGCUUUCUAAAGAAUUACUAGACAAACUUACGAUUGUUGAGUAGUGUUUAUCCGCCACUUUACAGCUUUAGAAUUAGUCGUGUUUUUCACAGUAGACAGAAGGCACAGCCAUUCGAUUUUUAUUGCCUAAAAAUUGAACUGACAAGAGUGUCAGAUAUUGCAAAUCGGAAUGCCAGAUCCCCAACAGACAAAGCUAAGCGAAGCCUCAUCAUUAUCAGUAAAAGUUCCUGCUCAA